AUGUCAAAUGAAUUUGAUGAAAAUAUUCCUUCAACAUCAUCUGCAACUUUUUUACAAAAUAAUGAUGUAAUUGAAAAUUGUGUAUUGGAAAGUGAUGAAGCUGAAGGUUCUGAGGAAUAUUUAACUCCUGCUGAUGCAAGUUUAUUUUUUUAUGUUCUCAAAGAAUUAACACAAGCAUUUUUAAACGAAUCUGCUUCCCCCAAACUUUUACCAGAAAAACUUGAUUUGGUUGAUAAAAUGCUUUUACAAAAAAAUUUAAUUGAAAGAAUAAUGGAAAGAAAUCCAAAUAAAAAAAGUUUGGCUUGUUCAUUACACAAAAUGGAGCUUUGCAGAAUUGAAUAUUUAAUUAAUUCUUAUUUGAGAUUACGCCUUCAAAAAAUCGAACAAAAUCCAGCCCAAUCAUUACAAGACCAUUCAGAACGCUUAAAAAAUGCUUUAGCCAAAUACAAAGCUGGAAAUGUUGAUUCUUCUUUACAGGCAGAAUUAUUGGAUGUUCGAGAAUUAAAAUUUGCUCAAAAAUUGUUACAAGCAAAUUCAACCCUUUUUGAAGAUUCUUUUCUUAAACAAAUACCUGCUAGCAUGAAAUGGUUACCUAUUGUUUCAAACAAUUCUGAAACUGAUUCAACGCGUGUGUUUAUUGAAGUAUUAAAAGAUGGGGUAAGUAAAAUACAAAAAAUAUAUAUUAAAAAGUCUUCCGGAAAUGUGUAUUUUAUUUAA